AUGCAUUUAGAUUCGGUCAAUGCCCUAGAUGAAAUAACGGAGAAUUACUCUUUACCCAUUAUAUAUAUAAUUACUCCUACGGCAAACCAUAUCACGCAAAGAGCUCACCUUACUAGAAUAGCUCAAACUCUGGCUUUAGUGCCUAAUGUGAGAUGGAUCGUUGUAGAAGAUACGAAUGAACCUUCAUCCAAAGUGGAAAAUAUUUUGAGAAAUUCUCGACAUCCUUAUGCCCAUUUGUGGAUUCACAAGGAAUAUAAUGAAAGCGUCGGCCAUUACAGAGGGUCCGUACAAAGAAACCUAGGUAUAGCAUGGUUGAGAAAUGCAUUUUAUACCGGUCAGUUGUCGAUAUCGACCAUUUAUUCAAAGUCAAUAUCAAUGAAUGAUGGUUUGAACUCAACAUCCCCAGCUUUUUACACCCAAAUGGCAUCAAAUUUUGAAUACAUGUAUCGCAAAUCUACUAAUCCUUUCAAUCUUAAUAACCCAAAAUAUUUAGGCAAUACUAAUGUAUGGCAAGAUAAUCUGGGUAAUAAGAAUGGGGUAGUUUAUUUUGCAGAUGAUGACAAUACAUAUGAUCUGGACAUAUUCAAUCAAAUGAGAGAUAUAAAGAAGGUCGGGGUGUGGCCAGUCGCAUUGUGUGGUGGAGUGUACGCUGAAAAACCUCUAGUGAAGGAAGGAAAGGUGACUGGUUGGUUAGUGGCUUACGCGAAGGAAAGACCUAUAGCCACAGAUAUGGCUGGAUUUGCUGUCAAUCUCAAAUUGUUGUUGCGAAAUAAAGAUGUUUACUUCAUCGAAUUGCAUGAGUCUGGAUCGCUCGAAAGUAAUUUUGUAGAAAGAUUAGUGGAUAUUCAAGAUUUGGAACCGCUGGCGGACAAUUGUACUAAGGUUAUAUUCUGA